UCUGUCUAUCUUGUGUGUAUAGGCCGCCAUGGCCAACUACAACUAUGACGAGGCCGGCAACAUGGCCGCAUACUUUCUCCUCACCUGCCUCUCCAUCAUCCUGAUUCCCAUCACUCUCGCGUCUCUUUCACGAUCGAAACCGCAAGUCAGAACAGGUUGCCAGUGCAUCCAAUGUGUCGAACGACGGGCGAGCAUACGAAAGCGCGAACGAGGAUCGUUCUUGAAACCGAAGAUCACACGAAAAACUGUAUUUCUUCUUCUUGGGUGGACCGUGGCAGGGUACCUGGCGUACAAGGCUGCCACGACAGAGGUGGAGAACAAGGUUUAUGACCCCUUCGAGAUACUUGGUCUGCGUAGUGGUGUCGACUUAAAGGCUAUCAAGUCUCAUUACAAGAAGUUGUCUCGGAAAUUCCAUCCAGACAAAGUGAAGCUAGGAAUUAAUGACACGAUAGAGGCUGUUGAGGCCAAAUUCGUGGAGAUCACCAAAGCGUAUAAGUCAUUAACGGACGAGACGAUUCGCAAGAACUGGGAGCUGUACGGCCACCCAGAUGGGCGGCAAGAGAUCUCUAUGGGUAUCGCUCUGCCAAAGUGGAUUGUCGAGAGUGGGAACAACAUCUGGGUUCUUGGAGCAUAUGGGCUCAUCUUUGGCAUCGGAUUGCCCUCCAUGGUGGGCAAGUGGUGGUUUGGUAACCGGCAAAAGACGAAGGACGGUGUCAACGCUCGCAGUGCGGCUGCAUUUUUCAAGAGUCUGACCGAAGAUUCCGGCAUCGACGAGGUCGUGGGGUCUCUUGGGAAAGCAUUUGAGUGGGAACGGUCAAGCGCGAACACCGCCAAGCAAGAGGGCGAGCUGUUGGAUCUCGAGAAGAAGAUCAAGGGGAAGCUCGAUGGCAAGUGGGAUGAAUUGAGGAAGUUGGCAGAGGUGAUGCCUGGGGAGCAUGAGAGUCGGCGCAGAGCGUUCAUUCUGCUGUAUGCACACCUCUUGCGACUUCCAGUGACUAGUUCGUCUUUACGUGCAGAACAGGCCGAGUUGCUGCUGCAGACACCAACUCUGCUUAACUCCAUGCUCAACAUCAGUAUCUCGCGCAACUGGUUACAGCCCACACUUUCUGUGAUGCGGCUGCACGCGUACCUCGCUCAAGCUCUGGUCCCUGGACAGAACAAUCUCAAGCUUGCCCAGCUGCCUGGUGUCAGCCCGGCCGAGGCUGCGGAGCUCGCGCCGAAAGCAGGUGACAUGGAGGAUCUGAUCAGCUCGCUCGAGAAGAACGGAGAUGAGCGUGUCGAGGAGAUCAAAAAGGCCACGGAGAAGUGGGGGAAGGUCGAGGUUCUUGAUGCGUCGCUGAAGGUCUUCGGAGAACGGUUCAUCACCCCUUCAGCGUUCAUUUCGUUUCUCCUGAAGGUGCGCUUAUCGCCUCCGACGGCACAGAAAAGCGCGAAUGGUACCGCGCCUGACCGGAAGGCGGAGGAAGCAAGGGAGAACGAGUUCCUGGCGAGUAAGAAGGAUACAGAGGAACUUCCUGAUGGUCAAGCGAGUAUCAGUUGGGCACAUGCGCCCUACUGGCCUGCAAAUCGUCGACCGGGAUGGUGGGCAGUGCUCGCGGAUGUCAGGUCUAACAAGCUGGCUGUCCCACCCAUUAAGAUUGCGGACAUUCCGGUCGGCCCGCAGUAUCGUUUCUACAAGCAGCAAUUCCAAGGGCCGCAGACCCCGGGAUUGUUCCACUGGAGGAUGUACCUGAUUAGUGACACGUUCGUGGGCGAGGAGGUCUCGAGGGACAUCAUGUGGAAGGUGGACGACGCGUCGGUGUUGAACUCUGAAGACAUCACAGCGGAGGACGACAUCUCAGAUCCCGAGGAGGACUCCUUGGCAGGGCAGAUGGCGCUGAUGCGGGGUGGGUCGGUGAAGAAGCGGCAGGACGAGGAGAGUGACGAUGAGAGCUCGACAGACGAUGACCGCCCGAAUGAGCCUGAGAGCAGUAGUGAUAGUGAUUGAAAUUCUAAUGACAUUGUGGGC